CGUUGGUGUCCGUGUUGGUUCAGUCUCCACUCAGUCGCAUCAAGACUCCCUUUAGUGAAAGGAAGAAGUUAAAGACAAAGGAGCGAGUCAAAGGAGAAGUUCUGAAGGGGAACCGAACACGUGGUUUGUUCAUUUUGAAGCGCAGAAGAUGUCAACAUCGUCGGAUCACUGGCAUGUGUAUGAAAGUUUAUAGUCAGAUUGUGACUGAAAGAACGUUUAACAUGUAAAAGUUGGAUAGACGCUGUUGUUUUCCCAAUAAAUCCACUGGAACAUGAUGGAAAAUCCGAGGACAGCGAGUUCACAGAAGAGCUGGACGUUUUUCAAGGACUCGCUGAUUCUUUGCUUAUUCGCAGGACGUGGAGACGCUCAGUGUCAUGGAUGUCUUGAGUACUGCUGUGAUGGAGCGCCAUCAUUCUGCUGCUCGUACUACACUUAUUUGGGAGAUGUGCUCUCAGGAACGGCGAUUUCAGGGAUCGUGUUUGGCGUCGUGUUUCUGAUGGGUGCAAUGGCGGCCAUCUUUCUGUGUAUCAGUAUGUGUGUGAAGAACGGGCGAGGGGCGAGGGUGGGCAUGUUCAGCACCCCGUACAUUAAUACAGUCACUCAGGGUUACCCAGCAGGUCCUCCACCUCCAUACAGCUAUGAUUAUGAGAUGUUCCCGUCUGAUCUUCUGCCGCCUCCUUACACGCCGACUCCACCCCGAGCGGCAAGCCACUCCCCACCUCCACCGUAUCCAGGAUACAACAGGAAAUGAGCAUCAUUCUGAGAUGAGAGGAUGCUGAUGAUGAUAUUUGCACUUGUGCUGCACAGAAUGAGAAAUCAGGUGACGACUGAGCAUUGUUUGGGGAGUAGCACACCCCCCUAAAGCAGCAGGGACUCUAGAAGUGGUGAUUACUGCUUUUGGGAAAGGUCGUGAGGCAUCAGUGUGUUACUCCCUGCUAAUUCAGAAUCUGGGGGCGGAGCUUCAACUUCUCUCAAGAGAGUAUGGGAGAAAGAUUGGAGGAGGGGGUUGUGGGAUAGGAUUCUAAAAAACAUCAAGUCUCCAUCUAGAGAUUGAAGGGUGCACCUUGUGCAAUUAAAGAUUUUACAUCGAUUCUAUCGGACCCUCUCUAGAUUGGAUAGGCUUGGUCUUAAAGACACGCCCACCUGCUGGCGAUGCCAAUCAGAAGACGGGGACGCAUCCCAUGUUUUUGGGGAUGUGUUAAGAUCCAAGAGUUUGGGCCGAGGGUUCAGAGCUUCGUGUGUGAAGUGUUUGAUUGGUUUUGCCCUAGACUGUGUGUUUUGGCGGGUGGGGCGGUCUUGAAUGUGGGUGAUAGAUAUAUGGAGAGCUGCGUCCUGACCGGCGUGAUGAUUGACAGGUGGAUCAUCCUCAGGGAAUGGAGGUCGUCUGGUGCACCCUCGUUUUGUGAGUGGUGCGUGGAGUUGGGCAGGGUGGCGGCGUUUGAGGAGAUGGUGUAUGGAAGUUUGGGCAACGUGAAUAUCUACAUCAGGAAGUGGGGCGGCUAUCUGGCCUUUUUGGAGGGCCUCGGAGAGGGGCAGCGGAGAGGGACUUUUAUUUAUUCUUUAUUUUUUAUUUUAUAAUUAUAUCUCUAAAUAUUUUCUCUUUUAAUGUCUAUUUGUGUGUCUAUGUCGUGAUUUUAUGUGGUUUGUUGUUGCAUUUUCUGUUAUGUCUGUGUGAUUUGCUGCAUGGAAUCAAUAAAAAUUGUUAAUAAAAAAAUGAUGUAUUUAUUGUGGUGCAGUUUGUUCAAAUAAACUGUAAA